AUGCAAUCCAUGUGGCGAACACUCAUACUCUCGACUAUUUUACUCGUUUCCAUCACAUCUGCAUGCAACAAAAAUGGAGAAGGAUGUUUGUUAAUGAGGAACGUUCUCCGUGAUCCACUUCGUCUAUCAACUUGGAAAGUUUCCUCACUUAAUCGGGCAAUCAAUCAGCUUCAAGCAUACCAACAACUUUUCCAUGAAGACAAACGAUCAUCUUCGAAUGACUAUAGUAGUCAAUUCUCGGAAAUGAUGAGACGUCGUCGACGUAUGGAGAGCGCAUUGGAUGAUUUCAAACGAAUCAGAGCUCGGUUCGUUCAAAGGAAAGUUCUUAAGUUUCAGUUUGAAUUAUUCACGAAGUUUGAAAAUCACACCAGAAACAUCUGGGGAUUCUACCAACAAGCGUUAGUGGGUGAUGUCAAUGUUCCGAAGUUGAACUACAUGGAAAUCGACGAAGGAGAAAAGUCGUGGAUGUGGAAAUGGAUCAACGGAAAUGAGAAAUGGCAUGCUUGGAACAAGUGUAGAGGGCUCUCGAAGGAAGAGGCAUCGACUCAAUUUGUCGAAGCUGUUCAAAAAUUGAAGUUAGAAAUAUAUCAACUCCUAUCCCAAUGGAAAUUGGAAAUCAGCAAUGACCCAAAAGAAGUAGAGUCAAACACGGGCGAUACCCCAUACACUGAAUAA